AUGGCGUCAAGUUUAGCUCAUCAUAUCUACAGAGUGCUCUCGGUUCCGAUGGGGUUCCUGAAAAGCACUUUCUCACUGUUGAUUGGCACCGGCUGCGGCAUCUACAUUGCCCAGAACUACGAAGUCCCAAACAUAAAUAAGCUCAUGUGGACUCUGAUGGGCAAGGCCAAGGAGUUUGAAGAAUCGUACAAGAAGCAGGGCAACGGCAAGAACAAGGAUAAUGAAUAG